CCUGCCCCUGGCCCUUCGCACGCCCUGGGGCCAGCCCGGGCCCUAGGCGGGAGGAUGAAGGAGCUGCAGUCGGCACUGCUACUGCGAAGACAGCUGGCAGAACUCAACAAAAAUCCAGUGGAAGGUUUUUCAGCAGGUUUAAUAGAUGACAAUGAUCUCUACCGAUGGGAAGUCCUUAUUAUUGGUCCUCCAGAUACAUUUUAUGAAGGUGGUGUUUUUAAGGCUCAUCUCACUUUCCCAAAAGAUUAUCCCCUCCGGCCUCCUAAAAUGAAAUUCAUUACAGAAAUCUGGCAUCCAAAUGUUGAUAAAAAUGGUGAUGUAUGCAUUUCUAUUCUGCAUGAGCCUGGCGAAGAUAAAUAUGGUUAUGAAAAACCAGAGGAACGUUGGCUUCCCAUUCACACUGUGGAAACCAUCAUGAUACUUAUUUCAGGAUCUCCAAUCGAGAAACAUGGCACUGUUUUUCCUGCACUCUACCCACCUGUUGCUGGACUUCUCUUGUAA